UGUAGGAGGCAAAAAAAUAUUUCCCCCUGCGUAGAAACCAAUUUUAAUUUUCUUUGAUUUCUCCAUUGAGAAACUGAUUUCAUCUCUUAAGCCCUCCUACCUACACGAACUUUCGCUACACCCUGUACUCAUCAUGGCAUGUUUUUUUACUUCUUAUCACUUGUUUUGUUUAUGUGGUUCAGGACCUUUCACCAAUUCAACUAUUGAUGUUAUUUAAUUAAUAGUAAUUAGUAAUUUAGUAAUUAUCCUAAUAUCUUUAAUAUAGAUUUCAACAAUUUUAAACGCUUUUUUAGAGGAAAAACAUUGUAAAAAUAUACUUUUUGACUGUGUGGUUCAACUAUUCAUAUUUGAAUGAGUUUGAAUAAACUAUUCACUCUUUCAUUGGAUCUAUCUUGUUCUAAAUGGUUUAAAAGUGGUGCUCAAUUAGUUCGAUUUUCAACUGCAAAAGCCAAAAGUUUACAGAUAAAUAAUUUAUUGAGUAAAAUGGCCAAGGGAAAGCGUAAACAUGACAAAUUAAGUCAAACCAAUUUCCCGUCUUUCGUAACACUCAAUGUUCUUGGUAAUGGCGCAUUACCCAAUCCUCGAUGUCUUUUAUUGGUUACAGAAUUUAACAAAUAUUUAUUUAAUUGCGGGGAAGGAGCCCAAAGGGCUGCAGUAACUCAUAAAGUUCGUUUGACUGGAAUGCAUCAUAUAUUUGUUACCCAUAGUUCGUGGGAUAAUAUUGCUGGUCUUCCUGGAAUGUGUUUAACAUUGAAUACACAUGUUACAGCCCAUGGACCACUUCUUCACGAGAAGUUAUCUGGGAUAACUCGAACUUUCGAUGAAAGAAAUGAAAUCAAAUUUAGCGUGAAUAAUGACUAUACAACAGGGUUCAAAGACAACUUUUUAACAAUUGAUUUUAUACCUAUUCACCGCAGUCAGGCGUCAAGCACUGAAGGAGCUGUGUCCAAAAAACCUAAACUACAUCUUGAUUGCGCAUUUGUUUAUGUUUGCCGUUUACAUGAAAGACCUGGAAAGCUAUUAAUUCAAAAGUGUAUCGAGCUUAAAGUGCCGCCAGGUCCUAUCUUGGGUAGAUUAAAGGCAGGGGAAGAUGUUACACUCGAAGAUGGACGGCUUGUCAAGGCUCAAGAUGUUAUUGAACCUACUCAGCCAGGAAGUACUUUCAUGAUUGUCGAGUGUCCAACCCUAGAAUAUUUUGAUUCUCUUGUGAAUAGUGAAAAAUUAUCAAGUUUUUUUGAACCAUCAUCUCGUUAUCCGUUGGAAUAUAUUUUUCACUUUAGUCCUGUUAAUGUUAUCAAAGAUAGUAAAUUCCAAGAUUGGAUGAUGAAAUUUCCACCAAGUGUUUCCCACAUUGCCUUAAACGAAUUUAACCCUAGUCUCUGUUUUUUUGGUGCCAAUGUUAUUAGUCAUAAAUUGCGAUUAUUUGAAGAUAAAUUGUUCAAAAGUCCAUUUAUAGAGACUCAACCGAAUCCUGAAUUAGUUAAACUUAAUUUGACCCCUGUUUCCGUUGGAACGCAGUUUAAAAUCCAUCCAAUCUCUGAACGAAGCAUUAAUCUUGCUGAUGUCGAACAAAUGGAAUCUAUAAUUAAUCCAGAAAAUAUUGAAAAAGAUAUAGAGGAUAAAGAAAAUUUUGAAAAAGUUGCUGAAGAAUAUAAAAAACGUAUUUCAAACCUUUCAGACAAAGAGCCCGACAAUGGACCAGCUAUAGUUUUCCUUGGAACCGGAUCAGCAACUCCGGGAAAGUACCGAACUGCAUCUAGUAUUAUUAUCGAAACCCAUGAAGACAAUUUAAUAAUGUUUGACUGUGGCGAAGGGACAUUUGGACAAUUUUAUCGCUUCUACGGACCAGACUACAAGGAUAAACUUGCUAAUCUAAAUGCUAUUUUCAUAUCUCAUUAUCACGCUGACCAUCAAUUAGGUUUAGUUCGCUUACUCCAAGAACGAGCUAAAUUGACUGACAGUAAACCAUUAAUUAUUUGCCCUCCACGUAUCGAGCGAUUUUUGCGUGAUUUUAGUGAAAUUAGUGGAAAAGUUGAUCAUCUUUGUCAUAUUGCAUUAUGUCCAACAUACUUAAAAGGGAUGACUAAUUCUCAAUUGCUGACGAGUUUAAGACUACAACACCUUCAAACAGCUCGUGUGGUCCACUGUAGAGAUUCAUUCGGUAUAGUUGUGGUUACCAAAGAGGAAGGUGACUUGAAACCUCGUAAAAUAGUUUAUUCGGGCGAUGCCAUGCCCUCCGAGGACUUAAUCGAACCAGGUCAUGGAUGUGAUUUGUUAAUUCAUGAGGCAACAUUCGACGAUGAACUGAUUGAAGAAGCAAUUUUCAAGAAACACUCAACUUUUUCUCAAGCUGUUGAUAUGGGUGUUGCAAUGGAAGCCAAAUUUACUAUUUUAACUCAUUUUAGUCAACGUUAUUACAAAGCUCCUAUAUUACCAGAUGAAUUGGCUGGUAACUUUGGUGUUGCAUUUGAUAACAUGAGGGUUAAAUUUUCCGAUUUUCCUAGAUUACCAGAAAUGAAAUCUGUUCUAAAGGUUUUGUUCGCAGACAAUUGUGCCGAGCAUCAAAAUUUUUUGAAUAAUCGUAAAUUAUCUGAUGCAAGGUUAGAAAUUCAUCAAGCUUUACUUGAUGCAGCUAAAUCAAAAUCUAAGCCUUUUUAUAAGUAAUUUUUCAGUUCUCGACUUUUUUGUUGCAAAAGUUGAAAGCACAAAAUCUAAUUUCAUUUUGUCCAUCUUCUUAGUUAAAUAAAAUGAUAAUUUAUCGUUUAUAAUUGUUUA